AAGGGCGGGCGGAAGUUCCUGGAGCUUCCGGUCGCCUGUUUAGGGGAGAGUUAUGGCUAAACACCAUCCAGAUUUGAUUUUCUGCCGCAAGCAGGCUGGAGUUGCUAUCGGGAGACUGUGUGAAAAAUGUGAUGGCAAAUGCGUUAUCUGUGAUUCCUACGUGCGUCCCUGCACCCUGGUUCGCAUAUGUGAUGAGUGUAACUAUGGAUCAUACCAGGGUCGCUGUGUGAUCUGUGGAGGUCCCGGAGUCUCCGAUGCCUACUAUUGUAAAGAGUGCACCAUUCAGGAGAAGGAUAGAGAUGGUUGCCCAAAGAUUGUCAACUUGGGGAGCUCUAAGACAGACCUCUUCUAUGAACGCAAAAAAUAUGGCUUCAAGAAGAGGUGAUGGGUGGUGGCAUCUUCUUCUCCCAUCAAGUUGCUGCAGCUGCCAGAAAAGACGCCUACUACCACCAGCAGAAAAGGAGCGGAGCCCAGAGUGUCACCAGAACAGCCUGCUAGCGCUAGUGUCCUGGCCCCCUGCCACCCUUUCUUUCCCACACUGUGCUGGUGGGGAUGGAAGAGGGUUCUUCAUAGAACAUUCUAGCAGACUGGAAGAAAAUUUGCUAGGUUAGUUCAUAGUUUUUUGUUUUGUUUUUUUGAGGGGUUUUUUGUUGUUGGAAAAGCAAUGCUCUGCUCUCUACAUUGAUUCUUUCCACACUAAACGCUUUCAAACAAGUCUAUGGCCUUGACGAUGAAGCCGCGCGUCAAAAGCAUGGUCUUGCAGCAGCUAUGAUGCUUCCACGAUCCUCAGUGUGGCCAGGAGCCAUCAGAACAGUAAUGUGAUGUGACACUUCCCAAGUGGCACUAAUUUCAUGCUAUUUUGCUUAUACAUUGGAAGUUUCUGUUGUAAUAAAGUUGUGCGUAUUUUCUGGUA